AUGCAGUGGAACAAUUCCUAUCUCCAGCAAGACCCGCUAGACCCCCUGUUUCUCAACGAUGAAGAAAACCAAGGCCUCAGCCUGAACCUCAACUUCAACUUGAACGAGUACAACCUUGAUGCUUCCUCCUCGUCCUUCAAGGCCAUUGUCGACAACGACCUGAACUCUAACAUCAUCUCCACCUCCAACGACAACAUCAGUAGCUUCAUCUCGUCCGAAAACGAUCUCGACAACACCUCCCCCUUGUCCUCCAUCUCCUCCAAUUCCGCCGCCACCACCGUCGACCCUCUUCAGGAAGAGUUCUUGCAGAUUGACAGUCUUGCAAGCUACAACUACAACUACAACAGCAGCCUCAGCAAUAGCAACAGUAACAGCCAUACCUCGGUCAACUACCUCAAUUUCGAACAGAAUGACCUACCGGUCAGCAACAGCCUCACCAUCAAUACCACCGAAUUGAGAAAAUCCUUUGGUUCUACACAAAAGAACAACAGCCUUCUCUCCUCCGCCUCCACCGCCUAUGGUUCCCUUCAGAAUUCUCCUAUCUUGAAGUCUCAAAACUUCAAGUUCAUGAACUUGAACCCAACUCCAAGCUCGCUAGAUAGUCUGGAUGCUUUCAAACUUAAUGAUUUGGUACAGGUCGACCUUCAGAAAGUUUACAGCAUAGAGGACACUACAGCUCCUUUACUAAGUCGAGAAAGUGAAGACAUCAUAGAGUCAUCAAAGUACAGCCUCGCCACCUCGAUUCCUUCCUCCGCUUCAACUACCGCAGACAAUGAGGAAGAUGACGACGAUGACGACGAUGAAGAAGAUGAAGACGAAACUCGCUCGAAAGCGGCCCCAGGUUCCAAAGCUAAAAAGAUCAGUGACUCUAGACUAUCACUUGCUCAGCUCUCAAUUGUCCUCAAUUUGGAAGGAAACGACGACGAAACGGCCAAACGGGAGAAGAAUAUUCUGAAAAUCUUGAGAGAAGACUUGGACUUCCCCAUUGGCGAGAAAACCUGGAUCAGAGAUACUCCUGUCGAUGAAAGAGAACGCUUGAUGACCGAAUUGACUGGCAAGGUCGAACAGGUCCAUGGCUACGGCUACUCCAAGAAAACUCUGUCCAUUAUAGUCAGAAGAGCCAGUUACUACAUGAUGCAGGGCAGACUCAGAAGAGAGAGACGGUUACAGAGAAAGAAAAAGAGCAUAGCCCACAAAAAAGCACUUCUCGAGUCCUCCAUCGAUGCCUCUGCAGACUGA